AACCUUAGUAGCCUUCGACAGAAACCCAUCCUCCUCCGGGAUCUUGAUCGCUUCUUGAAACAGCAGUUUCGCCAUGAACAACAGCGACCCAUGGCGUAACCUCCAUUUCCUCGCAGAGAUGAGAGACAUAGAUCAGCUCACGCCCGAGGAGAUGUACGAAAUCCACCGCAAACUCUGCGAUUUCACCGGGAUGAACGAUCCUCCCCUCUAUCCCUUUCUGACGCACGUUCUCGGGAUCAGGCGUGAGAUCGCGAGGUGUGUUCGCAGAAAUAUGACCUUUGAACAGACGGAGGAAUACAUGAUCCGCUCCCGGCUCUCCCCUUUCUUCGUCGAAAUGUUUUGGACGUCAAUCCAGCGGGAAGCAGCUGAGCAAGCUCUUAUGCAGAUGACAAUUACUACCGCAAGAACUGGCCAAAACCAACAAGUGGUGCAGAUGCAACAGCAGACACAAGUUCCUCAUGUGCUUCAGAUGCAGAUGCUGAAUCAACAACAACAGCAAGUUCCUCAGCUGCAGCUUCUUCAACAGCAACAGCAACAACAACAACACCAAGUUCCUCUGCUGCAGCGUCAACUGCAAAUGCCCAACCAACAGCAACAACCACAACAACAACAGCAAGUUCCUCAGCCGCAGCUUCAACUGCAAACGCCAAACCAACAGCAGCAGCAAUGGCGGCAAUCUAGGCAUAAUCAGAUGGCAAACCAACUCUCUGGGCAGACCCAAAUGCCAAAUCAGCAGCAAUCUCAAUGGCUUGCUCUUGGCACUUCACUGGCUACGAUGCCUCGAAACCCUCCUGCCGCCUCUGCUGCUCUCAGAGGCGUUGUGCAUCAUCUGCCGCCUGAUGAGCAAUGGCUUCAGCUGAGACUUGGACCGAGCUAUGAUCCGCUGCCACAGCACCCUCGGCAAGAUGGAUGGAAUCAAAAUGUUGAUUUUAAUCUGUUGCCACAGGAGGUACGGGAUGCACAACUUUUCCUUGCGUACGAACAACUGCAACAGCAACAACAGCAGCAACUGCAACAGCAACAGCAGCUGCAGCUGCAACUGCAGCUGCAACUUCAACUGCAACUGCAACUGCAACUGCAACAGCAACAGCAGAUGCUACGUGGAGGUCAUCCAAACCGGCGGCGACAGUUUGUAGUGAGAUUCGAUCCCCAGCAAUGGAGAUUAGAUGGAGGCAACCUCAACCAGCAGCAACAACCUAUCCCAAGUUUCAGUCCCCAACAACUGCAAUACGAAGCACGAGCUGAUCACUGUUCAUCACAGCGACCACGUCUCGGUGGACCUCUCACAAUCCAAGAGCAGCAACCGCAACCGCAACAGCUGCAGCAACCGCAAGUGCGACCGAGAUAUCAGGGUCCUAUCCCGAUGCAAGAGCAGCAAUCACUACCGCAACAGCAACAGCUACAACUGCAGCUAUCGCAACCGCAACAGCAACAGCAACAGCAAGUGCAACCGAGAGAUGAUGAUCCAGGUAUCAGCCAUCAGCAAGAACAUCAACACGAGACUAGUGGCGAUCAGUCUGAGACAAAUCAAGACAAUCCUCCUCAACCAUCUCUGUCCGGAAGCUCCAGUUCCUCGUCCAGGAGGUAGAUCGACGUGAAAUCAUUCAAGUGAAAAGGAUAAUCAAACAACCACAGAUACGAUUCGUACAAAAAAAAAAAUACUGUCCUAAUCAUCUCCUUUAUCCGUUCCGUUU